AUGCCGCUUUCACACCACGAACCGUACGGGUUCGAGUCGGACGAGUCCGACAGUGGCCUGUCGCCGCUGCUCGACCUCGACCCCGAGCCUGGUGCAUCAUCCAUGGCCUCGUCACCGGUCUUGAGAGCACUCGAUGGCGGCCACCCGCCGGUCGCGGCCAGCCUCUCGGCCUGGUCGUCAGGCGAGACGCUCGCCAGCUCGCCCGGUGACGAUGCCAGGACGCUCAACUCGGCCACACGAUCGGUGCCGGAGCUGGGAUCCGGAAACUUGACCAGCGGCCGCUCGCGACCAGUCUUUGUCCCGCACAUGGCGGCUGCCAGCUCGUUUGCAGUCGCAUCGUCGCUCCCGGACGAUCGGCUUGUGCCACUGAUGUGCAUUCCGUCGCUCUCGUCGUCGCUCUCGUCGCAGGCGGUGUCGAUGGAGGCCGGACUCCUUGCACAGGCGCAGCGUGCCUCGCGUGGAGCACGGUUGCAGCCAUCGCGCAUGCUCAUCAUCUCGGGCCUGCGCCGCAACGCUCCUCGGUCACCACUGAUGUCGAUGCUGGAGGAGGCCGGCCAGCUCCGGGCGCUCGACUCUGCCUCUGACGACGGCACCAUGAUGGUGGCGUCGUUCUACGAUCUCCGCCACGCGCUUGCCGCGCAAGAGCGGCUCGACGGCUCCGUCUUUGACGGGCGAACAAUUGCGGUGCGGUUUGCGCCGCCUGGUGCGCCCGAGCGCGAGCUUGUUGCCGCCGACGUCGACCAGGACUCACUCAUUAUUGUCUUUAACGUCCUGCCCUCGGUCUCGUUGACGCACAUGGUCUCGCUCUUUAGCCCGUACGGCGACAUCCGGCGAGUCUCGCACGUCGCCGCUAAGCGGCACAAGGUCUUCCGCUUUGUCGAGUUCUACGACGCGCGUGCCGCCGCCGCCGCCGUCGCCGAUCCGCCGCAUCCAGACGCCAGCGGCGUCGGUGAGCUGCCCAUGCUAGUGGAGCGGGCGCGGUCGAAGCCCGGAACGCACGGUGUUCAGUGGGAGGUCGGCACGCCGAGUAACUCGCCGAUGUCGUCGCCUAUGGCGCACUCGCCGCCGCGCUCGCGCUCGCGCUCAACAUCGUGCUCGGUCCUCCCGCCGGACGCCGCCGUCAAUGUGGUCAAGCACGUCUCGUCACCAUCACGUCCGCCGCGCGCAGUCCCGGAGCCUGGCUCUGACUACCUGGCGCCGAUCUCGGGCCUGAUGAAUGCACCGCUCUCGUCGAGCAAGCGCUCCAACUCUCUGCCGUCGGCCAACCAGGACUCAGACGCCUCGUGCUCGCCACCGCUCAACAGACCGUCACUGCUGUCGGCCUCGCUGGCGGAGAGCAAGCCGACCGGACACAGCUUGUGGAGCUCAGCGUCGGCGUCGCGCUCGCGCUCCCGCACACGGACCCGCUCCAAGACCCGCUCCAAGACCCGCUCGUCGUCACGGACUCACUCGCGCUCAUCGCGCUCGUCGCGCUCGUCAUCACGCGACAGCUCAACGUCGCGCAAGCCGCGCCGCCGUCAGCCAGACCCGGCGUGCGUCAUCUCGGUCGACGCCCUUGAGGUCGGCGACGAGACGCGGACAACUGCCAUGAUCCGCAACAUCCCCAACCGCUACCGCCGCGACGAUCUGCUCGCCGCACUCACCGACGCGCACCUCAGCGGGCAGUUCGACUUUGUAUACCUUCCCGUCGACGCCCACCACAAGGCCAACGUCGGCUACGCCUUUGUUAACUUUGUUUCUCCAGCCGCGCUCGCCCAGGCCUACCGCGCCCUGCACGGCGCCUCUUGGCGCCGGUACAACUCGGACAAGGUCUGCCGCCUUGCCUUUGCCCACGUUCAGGGCCAAGCCAAUCUCAUCUCGCACUUUCGGGCCAAGGGCAAGUACUUUUCCGAUCCGGACGCCUCGCCCCUGGCCAUCUGCCGCGACACCGCGCCCGACGGCGCCCGCGCCGCACUCGGAAGCCGCGGCACUCGCGCCGCCGGUGCCAGCCGCGUCCCGCCGCCGCCUGCCCGCUCGCUCCGCGUCUUCCAGUAG